AUCCGAAAAUUUGUUCCGUUGCAACCCAAACUUUGAUGAGCCAUGGCCCAGUUUGGAUUUGAGAACGACAUUCACAAUGUGCUGAAGCUCGACAUGCCUAUUGCAAAUGCCCCAAUGGCCAGGUGGCAAAGAAAAGCAUCUACGUCGACAUCCAAGGCCCCGGGCGCUCUUUCACCCGGAAAUCGAUCAGUCAGCACAUCCAAAACUCCCAGCAAAACGCCAGGUAAAAAUGGGAAAACUCAGUCUACACCUUCAAAAGUAGGCGGUGACCGCUACAUUCCCACCAGAAACAACAAACAGAUGGAUGUGGCAAGCUUUUUGCUGUCAAAGGAGAAUGAUUCAAUUGAAGCAAACUCGUCAAUGCAAAACCAAAAGGCCUGGUCUAUGACGCUUAAUGGAUAUGACGUUGAGGAGGCAAAGAUCUUGCACUUAAGUGGAAAACCACUCAAUGCGCCUGAAGGUUAUCAGAAUAAUCUGAAAGUCCUCUACAGUCAAGUGCCAACACCCGUCUCGGUCAAGAAAACCAGAUACAUCUCGACUGUGCCAGAGCGUAUUCUUGAUGCCCCAGAUAUCCGAAAUGAUUUCUAUCUACAUCUGAUGGACUGGGGUUCCCGGAAUAUAUUGGCUGUGGCCCUGAGUAAUACAGUGUAUUUAUGGGACUCUCCCACUGGUUGUAUCGUUCAUUUGAUGACAAUGGAGCCAGAUGAUUACAUCAGUUCAGUUUCAUGGAGCAAAGAUGGGACUUUUCUGGCCGUAGGCACCAGUGAUUGCAAAGUUCAGUUGUGGGAUGUGGAACACCAGAAACGACUACGCAGCAUGACCAGCCACACAGCCAGAGUUGGCAGUCUCUCGUGGAAUGACCAUAUCCUUUCAAGUGGAGCCAGGUCUGGUCACAUUCAUCAUCAUGAUGUCCGUGUAGCAGAACAUCAUGUCUCUACCUUAAGUGGCCACAGCCAGGAGGUUUGUGGGCUCAAGUGGUCCCCUGAUGGAAGGUUUCUAGCCAGUGGAGGCAAUGACAACAUGGUGUAUGUCUGGCCAGGUGUACAGGAGGGUGGCAAUAUGCAAAACCCUGUCCAUAGCUUCAGUGAACACCAGGGAGCUGUUAAGGCAUUGGCAUGGUGUCCAUGGCAAACAAAUAUCCUUGCAUCCGGUGGGGGUACCAGUGACCGACACAUACGUAUUUGGAAUGUCAGCAGUGGUUGUUGCAUGAGUUCACUGGACACGCGAUCUCAGAUAUCAUCAUUGCUGUUUGUACCAAACUACAAGGAGCUGGUGUCUUCGCAUGGCUUUGCUCAUGAAAACAUCAGUAUAUGGAAGUAUCCCUCUCUUACCAAAGUGGCAGAGCUUGAAGGCCAUGAAGGCAGAGUUUUGAACAUGGCCCUCAGUCCCGAUGGCUCCACAGUUGCAAGUGUGGCUGCCGAUGAAACGGUCCGAAUGUGGAACUGCUUUGAAAAAGAUCCAGUGAAAAAGACAACAAAACCCACUAGCAGCAUUGUCCAUCAACCUAUUCGUUAAAUUAGCCUGUGUUUAUAUACAUAUACUAUGGUAAAUGUUUUGUACAAAUAACUUUUUUAAAAGCCUCAAUAAAGGAUGUCACCGUCUGGUGAAAUGAUUUUACAA